CCCUUAUUGGGUGCUUUCAAUCCUAUGGAUCAAUGCACUUUUUACUCUGGACUUUGCCCCUGUCUUUUAUGAGGAAGUCUUGGGAGUAUUUGUUCAGAGUUCCGCAAUAGAAACCAUAGGCCUGUAAUAUGAAUGGUAUCUGCUUUGAAGUAGAAGAGACAAAUAUAUUUAUCCAUAAAUAACACAGAAAAUACAUUGCCGGACACAACAGGUGUGUGACCCAGGGGUUCCAGGAUGUACAGGAGUAACAGUCCCUAUGGCUUGGACUCUAGCAGUUACGCAGGAUCUGUCCAGUCCAUCCAGUCCAAUGGCUAUUCAGUGGAUGAUCGGUCAUCACAGAUAUCAAAUCUGUCCAGACCAAGUGCCAAGUCAAUAUACAUGCAGAGGAAGGAGUAUGCGGACUCUAUCACCAAGAUGAUGGACAAAUUCCAGUACAGAGUAGAGCAUCUGUUUACCUGUGACCUGGAUGGUAGGGAGGUGCGUGAUGUGAAUGACUGUGUUGAGAGGCUAAAGCUGCUGGAUGGGAUGGGCCGGGUGUGGGGGCAGGACAUGGUCCUGGAGGUGCGGGAUGGGAACCUGCUGCUAACAGACAUCGAGACUAAGGAGGAGCUGGAGUCCCUGGCUCUGAGCAGCAUCGUGGAGCUGAAGGCUGUGAUGGACAGCUGUGUGUACAACUCCCUGCUGACCGCGACCGUCAAGGACCACAGCAAGAGGACCACCAGUGUCUUCAUGUUCCAGUGUGAGGACCUCAGGGCUGAUUUCAUAAAACGGGACCUAGAGAGAGUGUUCCCUCACCAGAGAGAUGACGUUAGCAAUCACAGCAACAACAGGGGCAAUCUGGAAAUUAUGGCUGGCCAUCAAAUUGUUAGGAAUCUUCAGAACGCUGGCCCACCCCCUGAGCAGAGAGAAUGGACUCCUCCCGAAGAUCCUUCAGCUCAAUGGUGCGCUCCGGACUAUGAUGAAAAUCCUACACCUGUACCUACACCUACACAGCCCAUGCCCAGAGAAGAGCCCCCUCCUCCCAGGAAGGAAACCCCAGUUCAGCCCCUCUUUAUGGAGGACGAGCCUGAGCCAGCCCUUGUCUUUCCUCCACGCCCAUACACAGAGACUGAUAGGAACGUGGACAUUGUGAAUCAUAUUUUCAAUGACAUUGAGAUCUUUAUGGGCCAAGUUGCUGCUGCUGCAGCCAAAGCCGAGAAGAAAAUAAAGAAAAAGAAGAAGAAGAAGAAUAAAGGCAUUAAAGGCAUGCCACCAGCAGAGGAAUUUGAAACCUGUCUCCAGAAAAUCAAAUGUGGGUUCAAUCUUCUGGGGGAGCUCAAUGGAAAGAUUAGUAAUCCCAGUGCUCCGGAAUUCAUCCACUGCCUCUUCUCCACCCUGGCAUUUGUGGUGUCCCACUGCUCUGAGGAGCUGCCCCCCACCAUCGUGGCACCCCUGCUGGAGCCUGAGUGUAUCCGUCUGCUGAGUGAGGAGGCCACUCCUGAGGAGGACCAGCUGUGGCAGUCACUGGGAGACGCCUGGAACAUCCCCAGUACAAAAUGGCCCGAGGAUGAUGAGGACAUCCCUACCUACACUCUGGAGUUCUAUGAUGGUUGGAAGCCCCUGGAGGUGACCCACUCUCUCCCAGGGAGAGAGCCUGAGAGAAGGCAGCAGAGUCAGAAUCAGAGUCCGCGCUCCACCCCUGAAAAGAGGUCGGACCCAUUGAAGCCUCCACCAUCACGUCCAGAUGAGCCAAACCCCAGUUACAUGCGUGUGAUGUAUGACUUCACUGCAAGGAACAACAGAGAGCUGAGCAUCUCCAAGGGAGAGGUGGUUCAGCUACUGGACAUGUCAAAGAAAUGGUGGCGAGUAAGGAGCGACAGAGGGGAGGAGGGCUUUGUACCCAACAAUUCACUGGAGUCACAGGACAAGGAGCAGGAAAAGCAGGAAACCAGUGGUCCUCCCUCCCUAACCAAGAGGUCCAAGCCUGACCAAGUGAAGGCCUGGCUGGAGUACAAGGGCUUCAGUAAAAUCACGGUGCGCUGUCUGGGUGUGCUGAGUGGCUCUAUGCUCCUGGGGAUGACGAGAGAGGAGCUGAAGAUAGUGUGUCCUGAGGAGGGGGGGCGGGUCUUCUUUCAGCUCCAGAACAUCAAGUCUGCCAUGGCUCUUGCCAGUGAGGUAACGCCCAUAGAGCCUUAGGAGGGGAGGACCAGAGAGUCACAAAUGAGUCGGGACUUUAAGUUUCAUCCCGUUCCGCUGUGCAAUAGAAAAAAUACUAAUUAUAACUACUGAAAACACUGAGUAAGCUGAGUUUAGUUAGAAGUAUGUAGGGUGGAAGUAUCAAAGCUCUAUACUUUUUAGUUCCAUUUAGUAAUCCAAUAUUUAAAGAAAGAGGCUCUCUAUAUAUUUAUAUAUAUAUAUAUUCUGUGUCAACCGUUAACUUUAAUAAUAUAUUUUACCAUAUGUAUUCUAUAAAACCAGUGUUGAUGCCACUUGAUUCUAUGAUUGAUCUUGAGGAGUUCAUUAAAAGUCACCAUUUGUAGAAAUUAAUGUUUUUAAGUGUUACAAUACUUUUUCUGUAUAGUAUCUUGUUGUUGAUGUAUCUGACAUGUAAUCAAUUGAUACAUAUUUUAUUUUGGUAGGGCUAUGUAUGGACACUUCAAUGAGUAAAUCACAUUAUAUAAAAUCAA